ACCAUGUCGCUCCUAUUAUUACCUACUGAGUUAAUUCUUAUCAUUGCAGGAUCUCUAGGAGCCCAACGAGAUAUCAAUGCUUUGUGCCAAGCGAAUAAGUAUCUCUAUGACCUCUUGGUCACACAUUUGUAUCGGUUCCAUGUCCUCAACCAUGACAGCUCCGCAUUACAAUGGGCGGCAAAGCACGGUCUGGUUAGUACAGUCAAAAGGUUGGUAGAAGCAGGUGCCGACCUACAUGAAGAGAAGGAGGGAAGAAAAGUCCCUAUCCCUUCUCUGGGUCGCUGGACGAAGUGGGCGUUGUACCCGCCGCCAGACACCCCACUGAUGAUCGUGGCGGCACAACAUGGGCAGGAUUCCAUGAUCGACUAUCUUUUGGAACAAGGCUUAGACCCUAACGUGGUAUGUGAUACUGGGGACACACCUCUAUCGCUCGUGGCCAAGCAGGGCUCCAUAUCCAUCGCGCAAAAAUUACUCGCCAAAGGUGCCACUGCAGACACGUUCUUUCAUGAGAAGUGUAAUAUGAGCGUUCCACCAGUCGUGGAACCUGCGGGCAAGGGAGACCUUGCCAUGGUACGGUUGAUGAUCGAGGAUGUUAAGAGGAAUCACCAGACUCGUUUGUGGAUACAUCUUGGCGAUGCACUACUUCGUGCGGCGACCUGUGGAAGGGACAAUGUUGUUCAUUAUGUACUGUCCCAAGGGGCGGAUACUGAACGGGCUGAUGACCGGGAUAUGAGGUCUUUGUAUCUUGCGGCUUACAAUGGCCAUGAAUCGACGGUUCGUCUACUACUCGGUCACGGUGCGACCAUUGGCACAGAGUGGCGUUGUCUGAAAGACAUAGGAAGGAGUGGAAACAGUGGUAUCAUUAUGGCUUUCGUGGAGGCAUGCUCGAGCAUCACGGAUGAGACUCAUCGUAAAUGGGCUCUAGAAAAUUUAUGGGGAGACAUGUAGAGGCCUUGGAUGGCAUUGAUGAAUGACUAUCAGUUAUUCCACAUGCUCCAUCUGCUGUUGUAUGAUAGGAGCCAAAUAAUAUGGUCGCUAGGGUGUUGUAAGAGUGAACUCGACUCGUACUGUGAUAGUGAGCCUUCAACCUGGCCGCUG